AGGGGCAAAAAAAAAAAAAAAAAAAGAAAAGAAAAGAAAAAAAGAACCGUGACAAUGGCAACAUCAAGCAUCUCCUAAACGGUAGGCGGGCGGGAGUUGGGACGCGCCUGGCCGCCUUGCGAGCGCCUCUUCCCGGAAUACGAAUCGCGGCGUAACAUGGAGCGGCGCGGCAGAGGAGAGUCGCCGUGUCUCCAUCACUGAGAGGCGCGUCCACCUGCUUAGCGGAGGCCCGGGCUGCUGCUGCUGCUGCUGCUGCUGCUGCUACUACUACUCCUAGUGCUGCUGGCUGGUGGAGCAAGCAAAGCAGGCUGGCCGGCCGGAGCUCUUGGGUGGGGGACAUGCAGGGGGGACGUGUUUGCAUUUGGGAGCAAAGAAGACGCACAUUCUCACAUUCCGUCCGAAGCUCUUGCGGAGGAUCCAAUUGCGACACGCGGGGAAAGACGCAGUUUUUCGGGGCGCUGACGAUCCGAAGUUUACCCUUUGCUUCAUGGGGAAUUACCACCAUCUACUGACGGUUUGGUGAGAGAUCAGACUACAGUAAGGACUUGGAUAAGGAGUUCUAAAAGACGUGGCUCCAUACACCUUUCUGUUAUGUGCUUUCCUGAUAAAAAUCCACCUUUUUAAUCCUGAUCUUCUGUGAAUCUCUGCAUAUCAGUUGCUCCCUGGGCUCUUCUGCAGCCUCUGAUAGACGAUGAUUAUCGAAAGUGGGUGCCACAUCUCUGCCAUCUCCACAUCACCCGUGUCAAAUUUUAAGUGGGGCAGUCAAAAUGAUGCGUAGUACAUGCAGCGUGGAGCCGUAUUGAUGGACGUGGGAACAGACAGCAGUCUCACACUGAUUGUGAAGACUUCCCAGGCAGAUAAUGCAAUUGCAGUGGAGAACACAGGGGUAUGUGAGCAGAGUGGUGACCUGAGUCUAUGCAGACUUGUUGAUGCUGCUCUCCCUCACCCACCUUCUCCUGCUGUGGAGUCAUCACAGCGGCUCUGCCCAACACACCAGAGAACUACAACCACGUCACCAAUACUCUCCUUCCCACUUCCACUUGGUACUGCCCCUUCUCUGGGUCUGACAGCUGCUCCAUGCCCUCCCACCCAUGAGGUUCCAACCUUAGUCCCUCACUUUCAACAGACUCCCAGUGCCACUUCACUUCCCAACACAGCUGCAAGCUCCUGGGGCCCGGCAAGAUAUACCCAGAUGAGCAUUCGGUUGCCCGCUGCCACUUCUCUGUCACUGACAAUGAUGGAGCCUGACAACGUAUCUACCCUGACAGAGGAGUGUCUCCUUCAGCCGAGCCGCACCUGCCUUGGUUGCUUUAUUGAGACCUGUGAUGCCACCUCUGUACAAAACCCACCACAUGAGCCUAGCACAAGCCCUAAUUCAGAAACUGGACUAAGCGCACGGAUAGGGGAUGUGAACCGUGAGGAUUUUGCUGACAUCAACAACAUCAGCAUCCAGUGCCUGAGCCAUGCGGGGGAGGCAGUGAGUCACUACGGAGAGCAGCUCCUCUCUGACCAGCUACUUAGUUUUCCCUUACCGAAAGCCUCUGAUGAAGGCAAGAGGGUGGAAGCAAACAAACCUGCAAAUGACUGUGAUGACCCCCAGGUUGAUGCAACAACUAAGAACUUGUAUGAAGGACUGUUACUGGAUAAAGUCAGUGGAGAAGAGGUAUUGUUGGCUAACGCCAGCCAGGACUGGGGCUACUUUGAAUCCUUCAUCAGCGAGAGUAAGAUGGAGCUCCUUGAUCUCUGCUCUAAGAAUGAGUUGUCAGUCAACCUCUUCUCUGAAGAAGAUGUUGACAAUUUAUUUGAUGAUGAAGAUGACGACUCAACAUUAAGCAGUGAUGUUUGUUCACUAAAGAUUCGAUAUGAGUCAUUUCAGGACAACAUGAGGGAAAAGACAAACGUGCUCCAGGAAGAGACACAGUUUAAUUUUUUCCCUAGUGUCCUGGCUAACUGUGCCAAGAAAGAAGAAGGAGUGGGAGUCAUGAGGAGGAGUGUUGACGAGCUUCAGCCCAAAACCGAUGAGCUCAUCCUACAACCAGAACUGGAGGAGAACCCAGGUGACUGCAGUGGCCAAAGCCCUCUUGAUGGCUCCCACGGCUCACCCAUGUCAACUCCAAAAGUAAACUAUGUAAUCGACUUUAAUUCUACAGAGGAAUCAGGUGAAUUCAGUGACGACAGCUCUUGCACUGGUUCCUCCUCAGACACUGUACAGGAGGGCAAAUUUAAAAAGGGUCAUUCCAAAAGAUUCCUCAGUCCUUCAAAUCCUCUUAACUAUGGUUUACGCUCCAAAAGAAAGGUUCGAUACAGUGAUGAUUACUUGUAUGAUGUUGACUCGCUGGAGAGUGAGAAGAAUGCUGAGAAAAAGGAGAAACCACCACCUGGUUUGAAAGAGGAGGAAGAUGUAGACUGGUGUCCCAAAAAACGGAGAAAAUCGUGUCGCAAAGAGCCACCUGUGGUCAUCAAGUACAUUAUCAUCAACAGGUUUAAAGGAGAGAGACUCAUGUCGGUAAAACUGGGCAAACUAAACCCUGUAGAUGAUAUUGUGAGUUUAAACGCCAACACCUUAAGCAAAUAUGAGACACUGGCUCCCCUGAAGGAUUACUGGCAGGCAAAGCAAAGAGAAAGACAGGAGCAUCUAAAGCUGGUUGCCAGAGAGAGGCAACAACGUGGUUUUCAUCUUAACGGACGCCACCAUCGCCCUUUUAAUUCUGGUCAUCCUAAGAGGAAAUAUAAGAUUGCAAACAGAAUAAAGGUUCAAGGGAUUCACACUUUGGAGCAAUCAGUCAUCGUGCAUGGUCCUCUGCGCUCUGAUCAGGCCCUUAGAGGUGUCACUAAAGAAGAGGGCACCCCCUUGGUGGGGGAGAUAACAGCAGGCAUCCCAGUCACACUGGACCUAAAAUCCAUCUCUGACACAGUUAUAAUCAAGAGUCGCUCACAGGAAAGGGAGGAGAGAGAGGGAAGGAGAUUGGGAAGAAAUAAAAUGGUGAGGAUAGGAAAAUUCAAAAGUGAAGCCAGGCUGAGAAGCCUGAAAAUGAAAGAGGCAGAAGGAGAAGAGAGGAAGAGCGUGACAAAUGAAACGGAUAGCACUGAAGCAAACAGUGAGGACCUUGCUGCUGGGCUAAAAGAUGCAAGCGCGAACUCAAACUCAACAGCCAAACCAGAUUUUGCUGACAAUGCCAUCACAACUGAUACAGACAAGACUAAGUUUUCAUUUGUUUCAUCCUCUUGCCCUCCUGACAAAGCGUCGCCCUCAGAAGAGGUGGAAACCGGUGUUCCUGUUAUCCCAGGGGGAUACCUGCAGACCUUGCUAGAUGCUACAGACACCUCCGGAGGUGCAUCUAUCCCAUAUUUCCCUCAGCAGCCCUCCAGACAACAGUAUCCUGUGGGCAUUUCCCUAGAAGAAAAGCAAUUUUGCUCUCUUCAACUUGCUCAAAGCUGUGUGCUCUCCCCUCCUUCUGAAUCGGAGCUGCAGCAGUCUCCCCAGAAUUGCCCCAGCUUCCCCCAAAUGUGGCAUCCGCAACUCUGCACCAGUCAUAGUCAGAACUUUGGUCCCGAGACCCCUGAGACCCCUAUCUUACCCAACAGCUUUCCAGCUGCUGUACCCGUAAGUGAGACCCUGCCUGUUUCUAAUUAUAGCCAAGUAAGCCCUGAGGGUGAGCGGAUACUUUACGAGAAAAGCUACCUGACUGAAUCUGGACUACAUCCUGGAGCAGAUCUGCCAGUGUGUCAGUCAUCUCGUGUAGAGGGCCAGGUGCAAUACCAGAGAGGGUCUCUGUCCACUGACAACGGAAGACUCAUCAGCUAUGACUCAGUAGGCUCCUUAUCAGCCUCCUCAAGCAAUUACAGUUCACUAAGCCUCAAAUCUUGUGAGCGAGAAGGUGAGGAGGAGGGGCGAGACAGUUUCUUAGCUCAUUGCAGUCCUAAAAUGGUGAUUCAGCAGAGUAUGGAUGCCCUCACACCACUCAGGGAGUCUUCAGACCUGCUGGACAUCUCCAAUUUUACCCCUGAUAAAUUUAGACACUCAUCGUUGUCGGAGCUUUCCCCGCCUGAGACGCCUAACCUCUCCCCACAGGUUGCGGGUCGUGAGAUGAAGAUACCAGGGAAUGUUGGAAAGUAUCAGGAUGUGAACGAUAUGUCUACGGAGCGCAACAGGGACUCCAAGUGGAACUGUGACAUUAUGCAGCAACAGGAGCACACAGGAAAUGCCUACACAGUGGAGGACAGUCAGUUUCCACUGCAUAACUUUAAUAGCCAGGAUGUCUUAUGUUUAGAUAAAAAGAGGGACCUGGGGGCUACAGAGUUUAAUGAGCAGACUGAUGAAAUGACGGGGGCUAAAAGUAUCAAGUCAAAGAGGAAAGGCAAUUACAAACAGGCAGCUGCAGGACAGAGCCCAAAGAAAGCCCGGGCCCCGAGAACCACUAAGUCAGAAAAAGUAAAGACCCCCAAACCGAAUUCCCGUUCAACCAAAAAGAUUAAGGCCAUGUUAGAAGGUAAGGCAGCCAAGAACCAGGCAGAAGGGUGCGGUACAGGGCUGGCCGACAGCACAAGCGGCGGGGACUGGUCUGGCACUGGCUGGUCAGAGAACAACAGUCUAGUCGGAGACGAUCAGAGAGAGUUUGAGGAACCCUCCAAUAUUCUGUCCAACAUUGUCUCUGGCAUGGCUGAGGUACAGAGAUUCAUGAUGGCUUCCAUCGAGCCGUUGUGGAAUCCAAUGUCGGAGGCCGGCACACCCUCUGAGGCCAAUAGCCUCAACCUAAAGACUCUUAAAAUCUUGGCAGGCACCGAAUCUGAUCUAAAGAAAAAGGGUGCCAUGCUAACAGGGGCUGGGAGAGGCAGAAAGGCAGGGGGGAAAGGAGGAAAAAACCAGGCCAAAUUCAACCCCACACAUCCCUUAUUCCCGCAACUAGCUCUGGGCUGUGACAUGUUUGAUAAACCCAACUUUAUUAACCCGGGGCCCGCACACAAAAAGCUGUACCGUCACAAGACCAGUGCAAAGUUUCCUCGCAUUGAAACGUUGAAGGGGAAGCGAGCUGAGAGAGACCCAAAUAAGGACAUAGCACUGAUGACCUCUUUUGAGAAACUGAGAAUGUGGAUGUCCUGUUGUUGCUGUCCUUCAUACACUGCCUGGCUCAUUUCAAGAGGAAAACCUUCAAUUAAUGAGCCCUAUUUAAUCCCAAGGCAUCUUGAAAACACAAGAUGGGACCAUUUUGUAUUGAUGACAUAUCAGACGUCUUUUUCCCCCCUCGAGGCCGGAAUAAUUUUCGUUGUUCGAGCACUUCUUUUUCUUCUGAAGCAUAGAGGAACUGGUUAUCUACAUUAACAUUUUUACGCCUUGCAAAGUCAUAAAAGCUUCACCCUCAGAGUAUUUUUGUCAUUGUUGCUGUACAGGGACAUGCAAUAUUUGCAACAAAAAAAAGAGAUAAUUAUACCUAAAAAUCAAUGUGCCAAAAGUAACAAUGCUGUGUAAAUGACCUCUUAUAUAUGUGUGAAUAUUGGCUGUUCCUAGUUUCUAUCUACUGGAAUAUUGGCUCCUUACAGAGACUUACCACAACAGGAAUUCUUUGUUUGGAACUCUCUCUCGUCUCUCUCGUCUGAUAAAAGGCACCAACAGCUGGCAGUGGUACACCACCACUCACUAAACCAAAUCAGAAACACUCUUCUAACCCACCCCUCAACCCCCUCACUUUGUUUGCCAAAUUCAAUUUACCUCAACAUCGCCCGGCACUGAAAAGCAACAAGAGAGAGAAAAAAGGGGAAAUCUGCUCUGAAGGCUACUGAAGAGGAUGAGAGGAAGAGGCAUUCAAACAAGCUUUCUGUGGACCAAGGAGAAUGUAGUAAAGACGUUUGAGGCUAAGCAAGGAAAUCAUUUGUUGGUCGGGGCUGAGCCUCGCUGAAUAGCUCUUUUUGGGGUGAAAAUCCAAGGCAGUUUAUUACACACAGAGAUUUGGAUGCACGUGUCAGUCCCGAAUGGGUUUCAGUCGCGUCAUCAUUUGCAGUUCCAUGUCACGUGAAUGUGAUGGCAGUGUUCAAGUACGAAUUGAAUCAGAGAUCUUGUUAAUGAGGGAAAGCAUGUCUUUUCAUUCAAUCCAUGUGGAGCGCUUACUUUUUGAGAAAUCUAAAAAGAUUAUUUAAUAAUUAUAGUGUUUUUAACCCUUUCAUGCAUGAAUUACGAUUUUUUUUUUUUAACCCUUACACGCAUUUAAAGCAACACUACGUAACUUUUCAACCUUUAGAAAAUAUUUUCAUAACAUUUGUGAUAAUAUGUCGAGUUGAAUGACACUUCUAUAUCUUGAGGGGGUCUGUAUCGCUUUCACCGGCACUAAUUAACUUUGAGGAGGGUGGCAGGCAGUGUUGUUUUUGGCAGCCAUUUUAAUUUUCGUCCUAAUCUUUAGUACGAAAAUACUUAUCAUAAUGGCCCGAAAACAAGACGGCCCUGAUUAUAAGACGACCCCCUCUUUUUCAAGACUCUAGUUUGAAAAAAAGCCUAUUUGAACAUCAAAUUAAUUUUUAUACAGGAAAUAAUUUUUGGGACCCUGGACCAGGGCUGUCAACAGACUUGCAGGGGCCCGGGGACAAGAGACUAGGGCUGCAGCUAUCGAUUAUUUUAGUGGUCGAUUAAUCGAUGAACUAGUUAGUUUGAAUAAUCGAGUAAUCGGAUAAGGAACAUGAAAAAUUAAAAAAAUUAAAAAAUUGUUAAGCCUGCCCUGUGAUAUGGUGGAGCGUAAGUAGCUUUUUAUUACCGUAUUGGCCCGAAAAUAAGACGGCCCUGAUUAUAAGAUGACCCCCUCUUUUUCAAGUAUCAAGUUUGAAAAAAGACUUUUUAAACACCAAAAUAUUUUUUAUACAGAACAUAAUUACAGUACAUCUGAAACAAAUGAUUACAACAAUAUAUUUGAGAGAAAAAGCAUGUUAUUUUGCCUCAUUCAAAUCUUAAUAUCUGAACAUUUAAAUAUGAAAACUAAAGUUCAGUCACAAUCGUAAAUGAAUGGCUUCUGGUUUUUGAAAUGUAAAUAAACCAAUCUAUUGUGAUAAAACAACAAAAUUGCAAUAACUGCAUUGACCAUCAAAGUGAAGUCUAACUGUAACUGUAGUCUUGAAACAAAUCUGAAUAAGGAAAAACAUUGCAAUAAAAUAAUGCAAACUGGUUAGACUUGAGAGUAGUUGAGAUCUGUCAUGACACAACCUUGCUUCAAUGAUAUCUGGCGCCAUCUAGCGUCGUGAAUGGGUAUAAUGUCUAGACCACGAAUAUAAGACAACCCCCAUUUUUUCAGUCUUAUUUCAAUGCAAAAAACACCAUCUUAUAUUGGGGCCAAUACGGUAUUAGUCUUAGUCAUAUUUUAGUUAUUUUAAAACGUGCUCAUCUUCGUCUAGUUUUAGUCAGCAAAAACUAAAUUUCGUCUAGAUUUAGUCGACAAUUCCCAAAAUGUUUUCGUCUAUUAACUUCAAAAGUUUUAGUCCAUGAAAAAAAAAAAAAGAAUAAAUAAAUAGAUAAAAGGUUUCCAACAAUUUUGAAUGAACAUAACAGACGAGCACAUAACUGUAGAGUCUACAAGGAUAUCACAGUUUUCAUGAUGAUGAUACCCACUCAGCAGGAAAACACAUUAUUUGUUAAAUUAAACUCCCCUGGAUGCCACGAACUGUAGAGUUUAAGAGUUUAAGAAGUCACCGCGCUAAAUGCUAAUGCUAUGCUAACUCUACAAGUUAGUUUAGUGUGUGAUGAUCACUCAGCACAGACCUUUAAAGUAUAAAGCAACAUGGCAUAUCUAGCCACUUUAUUGCCAAAUGUAUCACAUUUGAUACACCUAAAAUUUCAUGAUUUUGAGAGUAAUUCAGAAUUUCUUUUUGGAAAAAAAAAAAAAAAAAUGAUGGAUGCAAGUCAACACAUGCAUCUACAGGUUCCAUGAGGAAAAAAAAAUACAGGAUUUAGCUAGGGUUAUAGAUAUUAGAGCGCUUAUUACACAUAUUCAUUUUGACAUUUCUUUUUACAAAUUUGAAAAAAAAAGGUUUCAUUAGGAUAUUAUUUUUCAAAUUUUGGGAUUCUCUGAUAAUUGAUUCAUGUUGCAGGUCCUUAAGGGCUAGCCAAGAUAAGAAAGCAAAACUUGCCAAGCAGCUCCUAACACGUUUCACAAAAAGAGCCUGGAAUGGGCACACGCUUAGCCUGUGUGUGGGGCAGGGGUCGCAGCACGUCACAUGAGUGACACGACCAUACACUGCUAAAUGCCUUCUAACUACACAUCCAAUAAGAAAAUAUCACACAUUGUGAAUUUAUGACGGAAACUGGCGAAUUUUCAUCUCGUUCUUGUGUUGUCAGACGACAACUGACAUCCAUCUCGUUUUGUUUUAGUAUCCCAAGACACAUUUUCAGCGUGUCAUCGUUGGCGAAAACAGCACUGGUGGCAGGAACCCCACCACACAAAAAAAACUACAAAUGUGCUGACUGCUUUACGGUAUACGUCACUUUCCUCAUUCGUUAUAAAAGACAGAAGUCGCUGCGAGGGCUUUCUCGCGAAUUCUGAAAAGAGCAACAACAAGAGCACCAAAAGAGACAAAAUUUUUGUCUGAGGAGGAAAAAAAAGAUAGGCUACCAGGACAUACAGAAUAAACAUUGGCCCGGCUUUCACUCGCUGGUGCGACAACCCCCAACCCUCCUAUUGAACUAAUCAGUGCUGACGAGUUCAGAUGGUGUGGGGGGGUUAGCCACACUAAACCACAAGGUUGCUAACCAUCAUAAGUUAAUAUUUAGCCACAGCGGGAUUAAUUACCUUAUUACUAUUCAUCUUUCACACAGUCGCUGGAAACAGAAAUGUUGUUUAAUCCAUCUGCAGGCGACAGGGAGAUUGAUUUUUGAUUGAAUGAUGAUUUUACGACACUGUGCGGCUGUGCUCUGGUUCUCAUGGGAACCGCAGCGCUGGUCCUCAUGGGAAACGCAGUCCUUCUUUCGAGUUCGCGAGGGUUUAAUUAGUCGGUGGAGUUGAUUUCAACAAAUUCUGUGUAGUUUGUUAGUUUCAAAGCUCCAGAGUGGCUAAGCUAGCACGAGUCAAUUGGACCAUCUUAGUAUGCCAAUAAAAAACAACAUUUGCACACAUGAAAAUCAUUGAUGACCCAUGCAAUCAAUAGUGUUGGCUAUGUUUUCAGGAUAAAGUUAUUUAAACGAACCAUUGCAUGUCAAUAAUUGCAGUAUGAACUGCAACAUUUGUAAUCCAGAAGCUCUGCAGAGGAGCAGGGCGGAGUGAUAUCACAUCGUUUUUUUUCACCGCAGUUUUUUUUUUCAUAGCCAGCAGAAAGUAACCAGUUUAUAUUGUUCCUCGUUCUUCAUAGGGAAUUUGUGGAAACUUUGCCCUUUUCCUCUGUCUGUUUCCACAGCCUCUAAAUUCCCAUUUCGCCAUAUUUCCGGCGGUGACUUAACUCAGCAGACUGAUGCUGCAUUCGAGGAAGGUGGGAAGUCAGUUACCAACCUCCGAUCUACAAAAAUAUCAUUGGAACGCCUCCACUAUUUGAUCACUUAGGAGAAGGAAGGUUUGCUGGAGGUCAAAAUGUCUUUUGAUGGCCAAAAUAAAAAACAACUUGUCGCGAUCAGACAUCUUUAGUGUUUACAUUCGCUUGGAAAGCUUUGAAACCACAACUGGUCCGACUGUACUUGUGAGUACAAGUGGCCGAAGCGAUCUUCUUUAUUGUGGUCGUUUUACGCACCCAAAAAAAAAUAGUCCUGCAGAAUGAAAUGAAGUACAGUAGUUUGGUGUGAUAUUGUUUUGGCCGCAUGGUUGUUUUGGAACAAUGAUCUGUGUUUUGAAUUAAUUUGACUAUGUUGGAUCUGUUCCUAGAUCUGUAUCGUUUUUUUUAUUGACAUGCUAUGAAGGUGCCCUUGACUCGUGCUAUCUUAGCCAAUCCGGAGCCCUGAAACCAACAAAUAACUUGCAAACUGCACGGAAUUUGUUGAAAUCAACUCCACCAACUAAUUAAACCCCUGCUAACUCGAAGAUUAAGCCUAAUAUAAAAAAUUUUGAACUUUCGCUUUAAGGCAAAACACUACCACGUUUGUCCACGGGUGUCGCUAAAACCGACCAAAACUGAAAAGUUACCGAGUGUUUCUUUAAUUCAAUGGCUGCCAUUGACGGGGCUAGACGUCCAAUCCAUUUUGACUGGAGGGGGUGAAUGAACGUUCGUUCUGCUGAAACCAGAGUUCACAGCCAGUCUUCCCAGAUUAAAAUAAUUGGACGUCUUAUCGUCAUUAAUGGCUGUCAAUGAGUUAUAUACUAUGAAGAAAAAAAUCUAUUUUAGAGAGUUACUUAUUGAUUUUAAUAUCAUUUAGUUAAUAUUAACUUUGUAUUUAUUAAUUUAUUUAUAUAUUUAUAGUCACUUGCUCUAUAAAGGGCCUUAAUUGUCCCUGAAAGGGUUAAAGUAUUUUUUUUUUUUUUUUUUUUCCCCCUCACCAGUUUGCAAUUCUCGUAUUUGUACCAUAUCGCAGGUUUUGUUCCAUUUUGGGGGGCAGAAAAUCAAUACUAUAUACAAUGAUUAUAGAGAGAGUUGUUCUAUUUGGUACCACAUUUUUAAGCAACUGCUACUCAUUUGUGACUGAGCAUCCAAGAUUCAAACUUAAAUACAAUCAAUCUGUUCAAAAUGGCUGCAAAAAUACUUUUAUAUGCUGUAUUUAAGAAGAUGCCAUUUGUUUUACAGGUGUAUACUCAAGACAAAAACCUGAGUUAAUUACUACUUUAAGUUGAUGAGCGCAGAUGUGGAAGCUUGACUUCAAAAUGGGCCUUGUCGUAAAGAAAAUAGUGGCACAAGGAUAUUCGUAAUAUUAUCUAAAUCAAAUCUUUUUAUUUAUAUUUUUUCCCUCCGCAAUGAUCCUGCAUUUCUUUCCUUCAGAAUAUCAGGGUUAGGACCAAGACGAGCUGCUGAUGGGAAGCUCCACAUGGGUUACAAGCCCAUUUAGUCUGCCUUCUCUCAUUUCUGCCUAUUGUCAAAUUGAAUGUACUUAUCUUUUCUUUUUUUGUUGUUUUAUUUUUUGUUUUUAAAAAUGUGCCACUGUUGAGCUGCCUCAUGUUAAUGGUGCUAAGAAAGCUGACAUUUUGUUUUGUUUUGUUAGUUCGUUUCCCAGAGUUAACAAAAAAAAAGAAAUGCAAACUAGAUUAGGUUCCUAAUCCUCCUUAUGAAUGUAUAUUAUAAUGUUAUGUUCGAUGUACUCACUUCAUGAUUCUUUGACAUUGAUUGGAAUUACUUUUGCUCUUCUCAUUCAAAUAUUGCCAAGCUUUAUAUAUACCGUCUAGAGUUGUUACCAGAAGGAAUCUUAAUGAACUCUUGACACAACAAAAUCUUGUAUAUUUUUUGUGUGCCAAUUUGUAACAUAUUUUGUAAGUGUAUAUUUUUCUUAGAAAGUGCUGUGAAGUAUUUGUGUGUGUGUGAGUAACCUUUUAUGCGCCUCUAUGGGCAGUGGAAAGGAUAUACAACGACAAGUUUCUGGUUUUAAAAACCAAAAUAUGAAAGUAUCAACAAAAAACUAGAAAUAUUUACAUUUUGUUGGGAGUUUUUGUAAUAAGACCAUGACCUUGUUGUGAGAGUGUUGUGUUACUGUGUAAAACACAAAUAAGCAAAGAAAAAAAAGAAACUUUGGAGGAAAAAAUAUAAUUUGUGAACAAUUUGCUGUUUUAUAGAUUUUCAUGUAAAUUAUUCAAGUAUAAUUUUGUUUUUUUGUUUGUUUUUGUUUUAUUUUUAUUUUUUUCUUUUGUUGUAACUGUUGCAAAAGUUUUAAAUAUUUGUGAUCAAGCCUGUAUGGUGAUAAUGUAAUAUUGGUAACUUGCUGAGUUUUGUAAUAAUGUUUAUGGAGUAAAUAUACAAAUUAAAAUAAGAUUUUGAAUGCUGCUUUCUGAAGAGAAUUAAGUUGUG